AUGGCUGAUCCAGCUGUAAAGCCCAUCGCGGGCGAUGGCGCCAUCGAAAAUCGCGAGGUCCAGACAUCCAACAGCUCGACGCGGACAUUAACCCCACGAGAGAGCGACGAACGUCAGGAAAAGAAGUCGGAAGAGAAGCCUGCUGAAGCCGAAAUCGCGAGCAGGAAGCCAAAGGAAAAGCGAACGAUCCAGUCAAUGGCAAUAUCACCAAACGAUAGCCAACUAGAUGUUUCGAAGCAGCCAGAGGUGGACGAGAAGGGCGAUCUCGAGGGAGCGCCGCCGAUAGGGCCACCCGUUGAAGUGGACGAAGCCGAAGAAAACUUCAAGCCGAAGACCAUUACUUUCUGGCUAGUCAUCAUGUCCAAUUUCGUGGCCAUGUUCCUGGUCGCCUUAGACCGCACAAUUAUUGCAACAGCAAUCCCUCGUAUUACCGACGAGUUCCAGAGCCUGGGCGACAUUGGUUGGUACGGCUCAGCGUACAUGCUGACAACAGCGGCUUCGCAGCUGGUCUUUGGUAGAAUCUACAAAUUCUAUGAUCUAAGAGCGUCAUUCCUGAGCAGCAUCCUGAUCUUCGAGAUUGGCUCCCUCAUUUGCGGUGUUGCGCCAAGCUCACCAGUGCUCAUUGCGGGCAGAGCUAUUGCUGGUGUUGGCUCGGCUGGUAUCUUCACAGGAGCUAUGAUGGUCAUGAUUCCCAUGAUUCCGUUGCACAAGAGACCGAUGUUUCAAGGUAGGACCAAUGUCGUAUUGUAUCGACACAUGCUGACAGAGACAGGCAUAUUUGGCAUGGUGUUCGGCCUGGCCUCUGUAAUAGGCCCCUUGGUUGGUGGUGGUUUCACGGGUACUGUUACCUGGAGAUGGUGCUUUUAUAUUAAUCUUCCAGUGGGAGGCUUGGCUUUCAUUUUCCUGUUCUUCAUGCUCAAGGCACCUAAGCGACAGCCCCAGGAGCCGGCAACACUGUACCAGCAUUUCAAGCGGCUCGAUCCCUUGGGAACGUUGUUUUUCCUCCCAUCCAUCGUAUCCCUCCUUUUGGCCUUGGAGUGGGGUGGUUCGGAAUAUGAGUGGAACGAUGGCCGCAUCAUUGCGCUUUUCGUUAUAUUCGGAGUCGGCUUCAUUGCAUUUGCUGCAGUCCAGGUGCUCAUGCCCAAAACAGCCACAGUUCCCCUUAGAAUCAUCAAGCAGAGGACGAUGCUGGCCGGUGCAUUCUUCAUGCUCUUCUUGGCUGGCUCUAUGAUGCUGGCAGUGUACUACCUGCCCAUUUGGUUCCAGGCCGUUCAGGGGGCCGACCCUGUCAACUCAGGAAUUUACACCAUACCACUGGUGCUCAGCAUUGUUGUCUCUUCUAUCAUAUCGGGUGGCAUGACACAGAGGAUCGGGUACUACGUGCCGUCUAUGAUCCUCUGCCCGUGCAUCAUGUCCGUCGGUCUGGGCCUGAUGAGCACGUUCCAACCAGGCAUCAGCUCGGGUCAUUGGAUCGGUUACCAGUUCCUGACCGGGUUCGGUCUGGGAUUCGGUAUGCAGACCGUCGGGCUUGCAGUGCAAGCGGUGCUCCCCAAAGAAGAUGUAUCAACGGGCGUCUCCAUCAGUUUCUUUGCCCAGCAGCUGGGAGCGGCCAUAUUCGUCUCAGUUGGACAGUCCAUUCUCAGCAACCUGCUGGUAUCUGAGCUGUCAGGCAUACCUGGCUUGCCAGCUCAAGCUAUUGUCAACACCGGUGCCACCAACUUGCACAAAGCUGUCCCGGCAGAAUUCCUCGACGUCGUCGUCCGGGCAUAUAACUAUGCCUGCACCCGGAUCUUCCUUGCCGGUAUGGGGCUGUCCCUCGCGACGCUCAUCUGUGCGCUUUGCAUGGAGUGGAGGAACAUCAAGAAGAACAAGAAGCAGCAGCGGGCUAAGCAGCGUGCCAGUCAGCUAAGACCGGGAGACAUGGGAGCGUAA